AUGCGGCGACUCGCAAUACUAUCUUGGCUGUAUGCCAUCCAAAGUUCAAUUGGCAGCAGCAACACCAUAACAGCAGAUUACGGGUCUUGCCAUCACGCAUGUACCCUGCUUUCUGGAACACUUUCCGUUAAGCUACGUGGCAGUCAUAUGUCCGAUCACAGUCAUUACCCCACAGUUGCGAAUGGAUCCUCUGUGGCAUCGCUUUUUUGGGCACAGCAGCAGCAAUCUGCCCAGCCAGCCUGUCUUGUUCAUGUCUACUCUCCUCAGGACGUUGCCACCGUCAUAUCUGUCUCCCGUCGCACGAGUUGCCCAUUUGCUGUUCGUGGCGGCGGGCACUCGGAUAUUCCUGGCGCAAGCAACAUUGAUGGCGGCAUCACCGUCAAUAUGGCAGGGCUGAGCAAUGUCGAAUUGCGUGAGAGUGAAGGUCUAGUCAGGGUCGGCGCAGGAGCAAAAUGGGGUGAUGUGUACAAAGAACUUGAUAAGUCAAACAGAACCGUUGUAGGCGGCCGACUCACUGGAGUUGGGGUUGGCGGACUGCUGUUGGGUGGAGGACUCAGCCACUUCUCCGGUCUUUAUGGCUGGGCUUGUGACAAUGUCCGUAAUUACGAGGUGGUUCUUGCAAAUGGUAAUCUUGCAAUUGCUUCCAACUCAUCUAACUCAGACCUCUACCGCGCUCUGCACGGCGGUGGUAAUAGCUUUGGCGUUGUCACUCGUUUCGAUCUCGACGUAUUCCAGCAGGGUCCUAUGUGGGGAGGAUUGCAUGUGUGGCCGUUUCAGCCAUCGGUAACAUCCGCUCUUACUGAUGGUUUUGUCAAGUUUGCACACAACGCUCCGUCCGACCCACAUGUAUCACUGUUCGCUGGCUUGGGUUAUAAGCAAGGAAGCUUUGCCUGGGCUGUAGGGCAGUACGAUGCUCUUGGAAGGACCGAGCCGUCUAUUUUUGCCCAGUUCAAGGACGAUGUGGAGGUGUAUGGUACGGCGAAGAUUACCAGCACAGCCAGACUGACUUCGUUGUCGGACCUCGCGGAUGAGCUAAACCAGUCAGAACCCGCUGGGAUACGAAGCAGCUUUACAACAGCAACUUUCUCCGCCAACUCAGGACUUUUAACGCUUAUGGUAGAGAUUUUCGAAGAGCAAGUGCAAAAAGCGUUGAAUAACGGUUUGGAUAAGGACGAGCGAUUUGCGCCGAUGCUGGGAAUCCAACCACUGACGCAAAACCUUCUAAGAGCUCAAGAGACACAAGGAGGGAACGUCAUGGGCCUCCGUGGUUCCGAUGCACCUUUGGUCGUGUGUUCUUUUGGGUGGGAAUGGUCUUACAAAUCUGAUGACAAGAUAGUCAUUAACGGUAUCAAUGCAGUGCUGGAGCAUUCUGUUUCAGCUGCAAAGGAAAGAGGCUUGCAUCAUCCUUUCAAGUACAUGAACUAUGCUGCAUUAAACCAAGAUCCCAUCAAGAGUUAUGGAAAGGACAACAUUGAGUUCUUAAAGAGGGUACAAGCGAUGUACGAUCCAGACAGAGUAUUCACUGUUCUAGUACCCGGCGGGCACAAGUUGAAUUGA